AUGGCUGCACCGGCCAGCGGUGAAGCUCCCCCUGAUGGAACAGGCGUUAUACAACUCGACCCUUGGCUCGAGCCCUUCCGGGGAGAUCUUAAGUAUCGAUUUGCAAAGGCCCAGGAAUGGAUAAAGAAGAUCAAUCAAACUGAAGGUGGCCUGGAGAAGUUCAGUCGUGGAUAUGAAAAGUUCGGCUUCACAUUCGAGCCGGACGGCUCGAUAAUCUAUCGCGAGUGGGCUCCAAAUGCUGAACAAGCUUCCUUGAUCGGCGAGUUCAACAACUGGAACAGAGAUUCACACCCAAUGAAGAAGAAUGAAUAUGGGGUAUGGGAACUGAGGAUCCCGGCAAAAGAUGGCGUCCCAGGAAUUGCCCAUAACACAAAACUGAAGAUUUCCAUGGUCAUUCCUGGAGGAGAACGCAUUGAGAGAAUUCCAGCGUGGAUCACCAGAGUCACCCAAGAUCUCUCAGUGUCCCCAGUCUACGAUGCCGUGCUAUGGAAUCCUCCCAAGGAGGAGCGUUAUGUCUUCAAGAAUCCUCGCCCUCCUUACCCCAAGAGCGUUCGCAUCUACGAAGCACACGUGGGCAUUUCCUCCCCGGAGCUGAAGGUUGCCACGUACAAGGAAUUCACCAAGAACAUGCUCCCGAGGAUCAAGUAUCUUGGAUACAAUGUUAUCCAACUAAUGGCAAUCAUGGAGCAUGCUUACUACGCUUCUUUCGGAUAUCAAGUCAAUUCCUUCUUUGCAGCAAGCUCCAGAUAUGGAACGCCAGAGGACCUCAAAGAACUUAUCGACACUGCCCACGGCAUGGGUAUCACCGUGCUUUUGGAUGUUGUACAUUCCCAUGCAAGCAAGAACGUACUGGACGGUCUCAAUAUGUUCGACGGCAGCGACCACCUUUACUUUCACGAAGGAGGAAAAGGCCGACACGAGCUGUGGGAUUCCCGACUUUUCAACUACGGUCACCACGAAGUCAUGCGAUUCUUACUAUCCAACCUGCGGUUUUGGAUGGAGGAGUACCAAUUCGACGGCUUCCGUUUUGACGGGGUUACUUCGAUGCUGUACGUUCAUCACGGUAUUGGCACCGGCUUCUCUGGAGGCUACCACGAAUACUUUGGCUCAUCCGUGGACGUCGAAGCUGUGGUCUACCUCAUGCUUGCCAACGAAAUGCUUCAUGACAUAUACCCGAACUGCAUCACCAUCGCCGAAGACGUGUCUGGAAUGCCGGCUCUAUGUUUGAAACUUUCGCUUGGCGGAAUAGGAUUCGACUACCGUCUCGCCAUGGCGGUUCCUGAUAUGUACAUCAAGCUGCUCAAAGAAAAGAAAGACGAUGAGUGGGACAUCGGAAACAUUGCAUUCACCCUGACCAACCGACGCCAUGGGGAAAAGACUAUCGCCUAUGCUGAAUCCCACGACCAAGCCCUGGUUGGCGAUAAGUCUCUGAUGAUGUGGCUUGCCGAUGCAGAGAUGUACACGCACAUGUCGGUCUUGACCCCUUUGACACCGACCAUUGAUCGUGCGCUCUCUCUGCAUAAAAUGAUUCGCCUCGUUACCCACGGUUUGGGGGGCGAAGGGUAUCUCAACUUCGAGGGUAACGAAUUCGGUCACCCUGAGUGGCUCGACUUCCCUCGAGCAGGCAACGACAAUUCCUUCUGGUAUGCUCGCCGACAGUUGAAUCUGACCGAAGAUCAUCUUCUUCGGUAUAGAUUCUUAAAUGAAUUCGACCGUACAAUGCAGUGGACCGAAGAGAAAUAUGGCUGGCUCCAUAGUCCCCAGGCCUACAUCUCCUUGAAGAACGAAAGCGACAAAGUACUAGUCUUUGAGAGAGCAGGUCUCCUGUGGAUAUUCAAUUUCCACCCCACAAACUCUUACACCGAUUAUAGAGUGGGCGUGGAUGUACCGGGCGUUUAUCGGAUCGUCAUCGAUACAGAUGACACCGAGUUCGGUGGACACGGGAGAAACGCAAAAGAGACGAGAUUCUUCACGACCGACAUGCCGUGGAAUAACAGGAAGAACUUUACACAAGUUUACAUUCCUACGAGGACAGCUCUGGUCCUUGCUCUUGAAUCGACUCUUUGA